CCUGACAAUAAUGCUCAACUCCCAUGGGCAAGUUACCUGCGCGAAUUCCUGUUGGAAACGAAAGUUUUCCGUAGGUGAAUUAAAACCAACGAUUUCUUAGUACUUGCAUGGAAAGUGAACAAGAUGUAAUUAAAUCAACGGAAAGGUUGGGGAGAGAACAACAGUAGACCUUCCAUAAGCAGUUGGGAAUCAUUUUGGAACAUGGAGAUAUUAAAUGAGAUGCAAAGAAGGAAAUGUAUAUUCACGUCUCUGUGCGCCAUAGUGUUUUUCUUUGUGGUUGUUUCCAAACUGUACAAACGGACAUCAAUAUGGGAGCAAUUUCAGACCCCUCACCAAGCACUGAGUGUAGAAGAAGUCAUAUUAUCAUUAUCAUGGCCUCCUUCCUCCUCCAACAUAACCUCUUUCAGUAACUCUUCCAGUGCUCUGCACAGUGUGGUCAGGCUAGAGCAGCCCGGCGCCCAGUACUGUGUGGGGGACACACUGAGCGUGCUGGUGGAGAUGAGGAACUACGCGGGCCUUCCCAAAGCCCACGGUGGAGACUUCAUCCUGGCCCGGAUCCACUCUCCGGAGCUCCAGGCAGGUGCAUCGGGAGACGUCACCGACUUCCGCGACGGCACCUACCGUGUGCGCUUCCGCCUGUUUUGGCCCGGAGAGGUCCAGGUCUCUGUGCGUCUGAUCCACUCCUCUGAGACCGUUAAGAUCCUCCAGAGAGACUGGAUGCAGGACUACAAUAGGGCCAUGUACACAGGAACCUUCAUCAGAGGGGAAAAAACGGAGACGUCCCAGUGCACCCUUCGGCUGAGCUCAGACAGACCCUUGUGUGAGUACAUGAAGAAGGAGGACGGAGGGUAUUACGCCUGCUACCAGCCCCAGACUCUUUCCUGCAGCUCUCUGACCCUCCUGAGAACCUACAUACCCCCAGAUCCUCAUCUGACCGAAGUAGAAGCCCAGCUAUUAGACCAGAAAAACGCUGGAAUAGAAAUGACAAACAGCUUCGGCCCUGUGAUUGUCCUUGGUUGUACUGGUUCCUUCCUCAGUGAAGUUGCCAUUACCAGAUGUUUAAAGGGAAAGACUCUCUACCUAUUGGGUGACUCCACUGUACGUCAGUGGAUGGAGUAUUUGGAAGAAAAACUGAAAGGUCUGAUAUUGAUAAAAAAAGCGUAUAAUUCAAAGUUGGCUGUCAACGCCCAUAACGGCAUCACUGUCCGGUGGGCAAGGCAUUCUCAUCCCUGGAUUGCCUUUUACCACUUCUACAUAAAGGGAUCAGUUCACAUUCCUAAAGCACUGGACGGCAUCGCAGUUGGGGGCAGGCAGGAGGAUAUGAUAGUGGUCAUUGGAAUUGGCCAGCACUUUCGGCCCUACCCUCCAGAAGUCUUUAUCCGAAGGCUCCUGAGCAUCCGCCUGGCGAUAAUGCGCUUACAUGCCCGCAACCCUCAAGUACACAUUGUUAUAAAGCUGGAGAACAACAGGGACCUGGCCUUACAGACAAUAUGUUUAAGUAACUGGUAUGGCUAUAUGCAGAACCUGGCUCAGAGGAAGGUGUUUGAGGAUAUGAAGGUGACCCUGGUAGAUGCCUGGGACAUGUCUGUGGCCGCCAACAGUCUUGCACUCCAUCCUGAUGAAGUCAUUGUUUCUAAUCAGGUUUCUGUGGCCCUGUCAUUCUUCUGUCAUUAGGAUAGGUGCUCUCUGAAAGAUUACUCCGUAAUUGUACAGAAGCAAGGGCAGGGUAAGUUGUCACACUGCUAAUUUCUGCAAAACAAGAGGCACUAGAGUGAGAUUUAACUGUUUUUAAUAGGAUGACACCGUACAUCUCAGAUCCUUAUAAAAUACAGGUAGGAAUAGGUAGAAAGGUUAGAUAAGCAUCCCAGGAAAUGUGUGUUGUAAGAAUAUCAUUACAUCUGUGAAUAGGCCUGUACUUCAGCCAUCUUCAGUUCCUGCUUGUUUCAGCUGCUCUUCAGCCUGUAAACCCCUUUGUUGCUCUAACAAUAUGUUUUGGGUGAUUGUCUUGUUGCAUGAUGAAUUGCUGUCCAACAAGUUUGGAGGCAUUUGGUUUUAUCUGAGCAAAUAAAA